AUGGGGGCUGGGCUGCCGAGUGCUGUCCUGGGUGUUGUCAUCCUGGGGCUCCAGGUGCAAGUGAGGAUGGCCGUGCAGCCAGACCUGGACAGCCAGAAGAUUGCAGGCUUCUGGCGGGAAGUAGGCGUGGCCUCUGACCACAACCUGGCCCUCCACACCCCAAAGCGGCUGGAGGGCUUGUUCCUGACCUUGAAUGGGGCCAACCUGACUGUGAAGGUCGUGUACAACAACUCAGGAAGCUGUGAGACCGAAAAAAUUGUGGGCUCAGAAAUGGACGUUUCAGGGAAAUUUGUUUUUCCUGGCCGCAGGGAGCUCCAGGUGCUGGACACAGACUACGAGCACUACGCCAUCCUGAGGGUGUCCCUGCACUGGCGGGGCCGCGACUUCGAGGUGCUCAAGUACUUCAGCCGAAGCCUCCAGGACGAGAAUGAGCCCGGCUUCUGGAAGUUCCGAGAGCUGACAGCUGACACCGGGCUGUACCUGCUGGCCCGGCAAGGAAAGUGUGCUCAGUUCCUGAAGGAGGUGAGUGGUCGCACGCAGGACCUGAGCCCCCUUCCUGACGCAGGAGCUGAUCUAGGGGAGUGCUGCCCCGAGACCCCUGCCCAUCCGGCCUCUCCCCAGGCCUCCCCUGCCGAAGGGGCCGCCCGUGCCUGCGUCGCCGGCCCCCUUCAGCGAGGCCCCCGCGUUCCUGGAGGUCUGCCAGCGGUGCCUGGAAGUGCUGUGCCUGUCCGGGGCGCAAGGGGACCCCGUGCUGAACUUGGGGCCAUCGGGGCUGGGCAGUGGCCAGCAGGCCUCAACAACAUCUGCAGUCUGAGGCCCCUGCUGCAGACCUCCUGGGAGGACGCUGAGCCUGGACCAUGA